CAACAACGAACGAACGAAAGAAAGCGAGAGAAAUACUGCUUGACAAUUUGAAAAGAAUAAAAACAAAUAUACAUAUAAAUAUACAUAUAUACGAGAUAUAGAAAUAAAGACACAGUUUAGAUCAUGUUCACAGAAGUCGCCCUCUCAGCAUCAAGCACAGACUCAACAAUCUAUGUGUGGGACAUCCGCUCAGGGUCAACCCUCUUUUCAUUCAAACAGUCAAUGUCACCAAAGGCUGGCCUGGCUCGUGUGCCUCGUCCAGGUGCUACUCUCCAGACAGGUGCUAUUCUCACUGCACAGACUGACCGCGCUGUGCUCAAUGUCUACGGCUGGCAACGCGAUCAGAUUCUUCACAAAAUGACAACUCCCGAAAAAAUAAUUACCGUCACUGCAUCACACCAGGGAGCAUACGUAGCAGGUGCCACAGCAACCGGUCGAGUAUAUCUCUGGCACAUCGCAACCGGCCACCUCUUGCGCGUAUUCGAAGCUCAUUAUCGCGCAAUUACCCGUCUUGCAUUCAGCGACGACGACACCACUCUACUGACUGCCAGUGAAGAUGCCUCUGUCAACGUCUGGGUUCUGGCCAACCUUCUGGACACAACCCAGAGCGACGACCAGCACGAUGCCAUGGAACGUCCUUCGCCUCUUUACUCCUGGUCAGACCACACACUCCCAAUCACAGAUAUGCACGUCGGAUGUGGUACCAUGGCUGGUGCUCGUGUUUACACUGCCAGUCAGGAUCAUACCGUCAAACUAUGGGAUCUGGCUACCGGAAAGCACCUCACCACCUUCCUUUUCCCAAAACCAGUCUCUGUAGUCGUCGUAAAUCCCUCAGAAAGCAUGCUCUUUGCUGCGUGCGAAGACAAAAUCUAUUCAGUCGAGUUGUACAGAAGACGCCAGGACAAGACAUACGGUACACACACCGUAGAGAGUGUUGGUGGGAUGGGUAAGGUUGAAUCAGUCGGCAUCAAAACAGUUGACCCAAUUUCAUCCAAAAUCCAAGCAAGCUCUGAACCAUCUCUUGGAACUGUGUUCUCUGGUCACACUGGACCUAUUACAGGUCUUAGUCUAUCAUUCGAUGAUAGUCUUUUGGUUUCUUCAUCAGAAGAUGGAAAUUGUAUAGUAUGGGAUGUAGCCAGUCGACAGCCAUUACGUAAAUUUGAGUCCCACAAGGGACAUGUUACUUUUGUCUCUUGCUUCUUGCGCCCAGCGGAAUUACUCACAGGUGCUAGCUCACAAAAGAUCACUCCCAUGGCGUGGAAACCAUUUAAACGUGCCAUGGUGUCACAAGAAGAAGAGCGUAGAAAUGGAUCAGAGCAAAUCGUGAUGGACACCCACAUGGAUCUUAAACAACAUCAACAGCUUGUUGAGGCUGGUCCUCUUUAUUCUUCAUUACCCACCCCAACAGAAUCUAUUCAGAAAGCAAAGAUAAUGUUAAAAGAGAUGAAGACUGAAGAUUCUAGUACAUCUUUACAAUCCCAGGUUACAGCACUUCAGUCUGAAUUGAUCCGUCUAAAUGAACAUCACGGAAAGGUAAAAGCGCUACAUGACGAAUUGUACAAUACAAUGGUGGAUGAAUUUGUCUCCAAGCGUCGGAAGCACACAGCAUAAUACAAUAUCAUAUCAUAUCAUAUAAUAAAGAAAAAAAGAAGAAAUCG